GUUGUACAAGUGGAUCUAUUAUUGAUUACGAAAGAUCGAUGGGAAAGAAGAAGCCUCAAAAAACGAAGGCGCUUUCAGUAGCAAUAGCAGAAGCUUCAUCAGCAGGAGAUGAAACCCAGCAAAAGCCUCAGCCUCAGACCCCUAGAAAGAGAGGAAGACCGCGCAAGAUCAUCGAGAAACCUGAAUCCCAAGAUGAAAAAGAAGAAAAACCAACAUCAGGAAAAGCCGAGGAGGAGACUACUUCAGAGAGUCAAUCCAAGAAAGUCAAAACGGGAGAUGAAGAACAGAAAGAACAACAGCCUGAGCAUCAGCAGCAGCUAAAGGGAGAAGGCUUGUCCGAGAAAAGAAGCAGAGCUAGGCGGAAAGGUAGACCCAGAAAAAGCAGCUGAUCGAGCUCUGCGAGUAGUAAUAAAGCCCACACUUUUCUUUAUUAUUAUCUCCAGCAAAUUAAGGAAUAUAAAUCGAAAAGAUUCUUCAUUUCUCGCUUCCCUCUUGUCCCAUGUAAAUUGUUAUAAAAAGAGAUCAGUAAAAGGGCAUAGCUUUUUAUA